GCUCUUUAGUACCUAGGUUUUAUAAUGAAUGUGUUGCCAACGAUUGCUGGUAUGUCAGAUUGUUUCAUCAAAUUGACAAAGUUAUUGUUUCGAGAGCUAUGUGACUGUGUGUACUGUAACGUUAACGGCCGCAAGACGAGUAAACCCUUGAUAGGAAAUACUAAUUCUAUGUAGGCUAUAUCCCGUCACACGACUAGUGUGUAGUCGGUGGUGCACAUGUAUUGCUAACAUAUACAGUGUACUCGGUUCAUUAGAUAAAUUGCCACCUAUAUACGGUCCUGCCUAGUCAACACAUGUAUGGCGUAGCUAUGCAGCGUAGCGAGGAGAACGGAUUAGGUUUAUUCAAUUAGUUCAGUUUUAUCGAACCCUUCACAGCAAUUUAGCAGGUUUAUAUACUGUCUAAACCUACACAUUAAAGUAGGCUGAUGUUUUAUUAGGUGGGAUGUGCAGAAGUAACUUACUGGAUGUCUCCGGCCAACUUGGUCUCAGGGGAAUGUUUAACAUGUUACUAAAUCUGUGACAGCGAAUUCGUGUGAUGUUACCUUACACUGGAGAACAUGACAAUGUAAUUAUUGUAUUUAUAAAAACAACAAAGCCUCUUGAGGUUUUGGAUAUAUCGCCAGUAUACCACAGCUUAGUGCUGUGGCCAAGCACUCUGCAAUGCGUUUUGUGUGUAAGAAAAGCUCUUAGCUGUGGUAUAUUGGCCAUUAACCUGUGGUAUAUUCAAAAUACAAACCUAACAGGGUGAAACGAAGCAGAACAGGGUGGAAAACAAAAACAACCAUUGUGUAAAUAUACAUAACAUAUAAACAUGCCACCGCCCUGACAACACACGCCGCCCUCUCCACUGCAGACCACGAGUCCCUCCAUGGGGUGGUAAGGUCUGCGGAGCGCAUCAUUGGCUGCCAGCUCCCCUCCGUGCAAGGGCGGCAUAAUGGCUGCACAGUGUGUGACCAAGGUGGAACUGACAGUCUCCUGUGAAAGUCUUUUGGACAUGGAUUUGUUUUCCAAGUCUGACCCUAUGUGUGUCCUUCUCAUAAACACUGCGGGGUCCCAGUGGUAUGAGGUGGGCCGUACGGAGACUGUGAAGAAUUGCCUUUCUCCGAAGUUCGCCAAGAAGUUCAUCAUCGACUACUACUUCGAAUUGGUGCAACGGCUCAAGUUCCAAAUCUACGACAUCGACAAUAAGACUGUUGACCUCAGCGAUGAUGAUUUCCUUGGGGAGCUGGACUGUACCCUGGGGCAGGUGGUGUCUUGUAGGACAUUCACCAGACCCCUGGUUUUGGCGCCCAAGAGACCUGCAGGAAAAGGAACUAUAACCAUAAGAGCAGAAGAAAUAAAAGACAGCAGAGUGGUGAAUUUUGAGGCUGAAGCAAGGAAACUGGACAAAAAGGAUUUCUUUGGGAAGUCAGAUCCUUUCUUGGAGUUCUACAAGCAGAACGAGACGGGAUGGCAGUUGGCCCAUAGAACAGAGGUGGUGAAAAGGAAUCUGAACCCUACAUGGAGACCCUUCAGAGUCCCUUUGCAGUCUCUGUGUGAUGGAGACAUGGACAAGCCUAUAAAGGUGGAGUGUUACGACCACAACAACGAUGGAUCUCAUGACCUCAUUGGAAUCUUUGAGACCAAUAUGAAGCGCCUGCAGGAGGCAUCGCGUACCUCCCCGGCUGAGUUUGAAUGCAUCAACAGUCAAAAGAAACAGAAGAAGAAGGGAUACAAAAACUCUGGCGUUGUGAGUGUGAAGAUGUGUCAGGUAGUGAAGGAGUACACGUUCCUGGACUACAUCAUGGGCGGAUGUCAGAUUAACUUCACGGUUGCCAUUGACUUCACAGGUUCAAACGGUGACCCAAACACUCCCCAGUCUCUCCACUACAUCAGUCCCCAGGGUUACAACGAAUACCUGUCUGCCAUCUGGUCUGUUGGCAUGGUGAUCCAGGACUACAGCAGUCACAAAAUGUUCCCUGCCUUUGGCUUUGGAGCUCAAAUUCCCCCAACCUGGCAGGUGUCCCAUCAAUUCCCUCUGAAUUUCAACCCAGCUAAUCCAUUCUGCCCAGGUAUCCAGGGUGUGGUGGAGGCCUACAAAGUGUGUCUUCCUCAGGUGAAGCUGUACGGCCCCACCAACUUCUCGCCCGUGAUCAACCACCUGGCCAGCAUUGCCCUGCAGGCCACUCAGCAGAGAACCGCCUCUCAAUACCAUGUCCUCCUGAUCAUCACGGACGGCGUGAUCACGGACAUGGAUCAGACGUGCUCGGCCAUCGUCAACGCCUCACGUCUGCCCAUGUCCAUCAUCAUCAUCGGCGUGGGUAGGGCAGACUUCACCGCCAUGGACAUCCUGGACGGCGACGACGGGCGCCUCAGGGCGCCGACCGGGGAGAUGGCGGCGCGAGACAUCGUCCAGUUCGUGCCGUUCAGAAAGUUCCAGAACGCUCCCAGAGAGGCUCUUGCCCAGUCCGUUCUGGCAGAGUUACCUGGGCAAGUGGAGUCCUACUUCAGAAUACAGAAACUGAAUCCUCCGAAUGACCCUGAGUCCCAGCUUCAGCCCAAUGAGUCCCAGCCCUCAGCUUCAGCCCAAUGAGUCCCAGCUUCAGACCAGACCUACAAAUGUAGGAACAGAUCUCACUAAUACUUAAUCUAUUCCCCUGGCUUGGCUUUUUCAACCCUGACCUGUGGACAUGCUAGCAAUGUGUUCAAAAUAGGUCGAUAACACAUUUAAUGCUGAAAAAAAAAAAAAAAUACAAAUAAGAAAUUCUGAACUUUCUUAGAGAGGCUGUCUGCGGUACUACAAAGUUUCACAGCCUGUCCAGUAUGAAGGUCCUGACUUUAACUAAUUCGUUUUAUUGAUCUGUUGUUCUUUUGUCACUUGUACAGGAAUUUAUUUAUAGAGGAUAUGUGGCUUAACUGCCACCAGAUGGCGUGUUUUGUUUGGUCUCUCACAAAAUGAAAAUACUUCAGUAAGAGGCAUAACGCAUGGCGACUGGUUGUUCGGCAUCAGACCCCCAGGUCCUGAAGGACUGAAAUGAUUUGUAUGAAAAUGAAAGGCAUGUUUAUGGUGUAGAGGGUCUAGAAUUAUUAUGGUGUGAAGUCCAUUGUUGUAAAUUCCUGUCUGGAGCCUCUUGACUGACUGACUCGCCAUACUCUGACAGAGACCCAAACAGGAACAAUCUGACGUUCACAGUAGGCACACCUCCCUCGCUGGAGCCUAGGCCAAAAGUCAUGAACAAAUGUGACCAUGAGCCAAAUUCAAAAACAGCUUGAGGCAGGUUAUACAUUAUUUCUUUAUGUUUGCGGUCAAAUGAAUCCCAUUUUCUAAUUUCUGUGUUUUUCACCUGUAUUAUCUCUUUACUUUCUCAGUCUUUAUUUUUCAAAGCCUUUCUGUUUUCUCUCCCACUGUGGUCUCCUAAAGACAAUCUGGCCCAGCGGGUGUUGUCCCUGGUCAGGUAGUCACAACGACCCCCCCCAACCCCACCUCGUCUCUACCCACACACCACCUGGUCAUUAAGGUCUUAAUUUGGAACACUAAACCCAGCCAAGUACUUUUACUUUGUACUUUUUACUUCUCUACUGUUGCUGUUCUCAGUAACGAACUUGACCAUCCUCUGCUAUUCACCAUGAUGAACACUACACUACACUACGGGUAACUAACCACAACUAACCCAUGCAUUGGUAACCAGCCGGACUGGAACUCACCCCUUCAUUAGAAAAUGUACAGAGUGUUUUGUAUCACUCAACAGUACAGAAUAUCAGUGUAUUUGGUGGGGCAGAUAGCCUUCAGUUUGGCAGAGAUCUCCAGUCCUGCUCCCGGAGAGCUUCUGUCCUGGUGUUUUUCGCUCCAACCCUAAUUUACCACACCUGACUGAUUAGACAGUUAAAAACGGAAUUUCCCUAACUGAAUGGUUACUAGAGGCCAAUCCGACAAGGGGAAAAGUCUGUCGUCCUAAGCUGUUCACUCUGGGGUGCCAUUAAAGAUUGGUGAUGUGCUUUCUCCAAAGGUGGCUGAGCUGAUACACGAAACACCUGUGUAUAAAACACCUUACUCAUGUGUGAUAGUGGAAAAAUAGUGGUGAUAGUGGAAAAAUUAUAUUAUUAUAGAGUUUAUUUAAUCUGCAAUUUCUUUUAAUCCAGUAUUUUUUAUCCAGCUUUGUAAACUGACAUCCAGCCUGAAUGUUUUGUAAAAACACUUUGUGACAAUUGCUGAUGUAAAAAGGACUUUAUAAAAUACAUUUGAUUGACAUGUUGAGCACCUUUCAGUCAGUUUUGCGUUAGAAAUAUAAACAAACUCUUACAAUUAUUCUGACCUACACAGUGUUUUCUUUGAAUGCAGUCUCUGCUAACACAGGUCAUUUUCCUGUACAUUUAUAUCUAAACAUCUACAUACUUCUGCAGGCACAUUUCCCAAAGCAACAGAGUAGUGAGUACAUAGUCUGUCCUACCUUUUUAUACUGGCUCGCCAUGGGAAACGCAUGCAUGACGCUGCCAUUACAAACAUUUUUCACACACCAUGACUUCAUAAAGUUUAUGGCGCUACUGAUCUGAGGAACGCGCCUAAUGUUGUGUUGACUGUGUUCUGGGUUGCUUUAUUCAAACAGGCCCAAUUCUGUCUUUUUAAGACAGUUGGGGCCCAUAAGCGACUGCUUAUAUCAUUUAUGCCUUGAACGGCCCUUAAUAAAAGGUUAGCUAAAUAGACAGGGUGUUGUGAAUGUUGGUUUCAAGACCGGUGUUAAGGACAUUAAGCACUCGUAUAAUUAAAUCAUCCUUAUUUUUCAAUCACAAUUUCUCCAUAAAGCCCUGCUUGAUAUCUGCAGUUUUCCCAAAGUAGUCAGUCAGAUCCCCAGCCUGAACUAAACUUUGGCAGAAAUCUGGAGCGGCCAGUCCUCUUCUGGCUGUGUUGAUGGAGAUAAGCGUACAUAGCCAUCAAGGCCAGAUUUCAUCCAGAUAUUCUUCUGAUUCAAAAUAUACCCACAGGUAGCCUCGUGAGUGUAGCGUUCUAAGCUCUUAUGGUAGAAUCACAGUAGCAGAUAGGGCAGAAAGUCAGCAUCUACAGAAUCUUAUCUAAAUUUUGCACCAAUUAUGCUUGCAGACUUGACAAUAGCCUGGCUUCCAGUCACUUUCUGCUCUCCUGUUAACUCCUUGUGGAAUUGUCAUGCAAAACAUGUUAAGCCUAUCGACAGUGGAGUAGACAAAAGCGCAACAGGUGUGGGACCAGGCUAGCAUUAUGUACUAGCUAGCAAAGUUCCUACACUGAGUAUCAAAGAAAGUAUUGGAAUCAAAGUUAAUUGCUUUAGUUAAUUGUAUUUUGUAUUUGUCUAAUAUAUAUAUGAUCAACAGUGCUUGUUAUUUAACAACUUUUUUUCAGUAGUUAUGAUUGAUCAGGAGGAAUGUCAUUAAUUGCAAGUUCAACUGGAUUUUUUAAAUUGUUAUCGUUCAUAACUGUCAAGUGUCUUAAUAACCAAAAACAAGCCUUAUGAAGAUACUAUAUCCCAGAUGAAGUAUGCAUUGUUUACUAGUCCCUUUCUGCCUUGGCUUAUCUCAGGUGCUAUGUGAUGGUACUCUUAUGCCAUCAUAUGUUUUAUAACCCAUGGGAAACAAGCAUGUUUGUUAAUAUUGUGUCAUCAGAAGUAGACCAUGUUACUUCUGAUAACAGAACUACAGUAACGUCUUUUUUAUAUUAAUGUUUAGGAUGCCAAGUGAAAUAAAAUGGAAUGUGUUCUUAACUGAAUAAAAAUGAAAACGAGCAAGA